UUUUCAUUCACAAGUGUUUCUGCAUUCUCAGUUCUUAAAGUACUUUUAACAUACUGUUUCAUUUGAUCCCCACCCAAUCCAGAAUGCCCCUAGUGUAUUGUGUAAAGAUAAAUUUAGCACAGUAUGCCAUAGAAAAGGUUUGUGUUCUUGGGAUUUAAUUUGUAUUAUUAAUGUAGACAUUCCUUAUGUGUUUAUGUUACAAACUCUGCCUGCAUCCACAAAAGGAUUUGGGGUAGAUUUAGAAGGGAUACAUCUACAAUAGGACAGCUGAAAAUGAAGAGUACAUUUCUGUUCUUUGUAAAUUAUCCAGUUCAAUAUUCUGUUACAGCAGCGCAAAACAGACUUAAGACAACGUCUAAGUUUUGAUUUCCUCAUUUAUAAAAUGGUAAUAAUAAGAAUCAAGGGCAGCGACACACUCAUGAGAAGCAGCCUAGAAGAGAUAAGAAAUCCCCAAGGCAGGAGUCAUGUCAGCCAAACCCAAGCUCUAUUACUUCCAUGGCAGGGGCAGGAUGGAGUCUAUCCGCUGGCUGCUGGCUGCAGCUGGAGUGGAGUUUUAAGAAGAAUUUUUUGAAACAAGAGAACAAUAUGAAAAGUUGCAGAAAGAUGGACGCCUGCUUUUCGGCCAAGUACCUUUGGUUGCAAUUGAUGGAAUGCCACUGACGCAGACUAGAGCCAUCCUUAGCUACCUCGCCGCUAAGUAUGACCUCUACAGGAAGGACCUGAAGGAGAGAGUCAGGAUCGACAUGUACACCGAUGGCACCCUGGAUCUGAUGAUGAUGAUAGCAGUGGCUCCCUUCAAAUCCCCUAAAGAAAAAGAGGAGGCCUUGGCUUUAGUGGUGAAGAAAGCUAAAACCUGCUACUUGCCCGUCUUUGAAAAGAUUUUGAAAGACCAAGGAGAAGAUUUUCUCGUUGGCAACAAAUUCAGUUGGGCAGAUAUACAAUUGCUGGAAGCUGUUUUAAUGGUGGAAGAAUUGGAUGCUUCUGUUCUUUCUGACUUCCCUUUGCUAACGGCAUUUAAAACAGGUAUCAGCAACAUCCCUACAAUUAAGAAGUUCCUGCAGCCUGGGAGUCAAAGGAAGCCGCCACUGGACAGCCACUAUGUUGAAGUAGUCAGGAACAUUCUGCAGUUCUAACGGCAGCAGGUCUCGUGAUGGCAGGAGUGACAAUCUAAUCACAGCACUAGCACACGCCACCCAUAGUGAAUAACAGGCAAACUGUAGGUUCUAGGGGCUAAGAGUCUGAAAAGAACAAGCCAU